AUGACAAAAGAGAAAAGGCGCCUAAAAGAGAAACGGAAAAGGAGACUAAAACAAAGUUGGACACGGAUUCUUAAGAUUGAAUUUUCGCCAAAUUCUAACGUGAAGAGAAAAAAUAGCCAUUGUGGAACUAAUGCUGGUUACUCCUACUCUGCUGCAAAUAAGAAUAUGGCUGUGAUGUGGGAAGAAAAGACUUUGUAUGAUUAUUUGCUCAACCCCAAGAAGUACAUACCUGGAACAAAGAUGGUUUUCCCUGGUUUGAAGAAGCCACAUGAAAGUGCAGACCUCAUUGCCUACCUGAAAUCUGCUACUGCCUAAGGAAUUACCGACAUAUAUUUUCUAUUUUGUAGUCUGAUAGGCAUGUUUUGUUGUGCGGAGGAGGAUAAACCAUUGGUUUUUUAAAGUAAUAAGUUGACCUCUUUUGGUCUGACUCAUUUGUUUCCAGAGCACUGGUUCAUACGAAAUUUUUUGUUACCUUCUGAAGAAGAGGUGAAAAACACUUGGCAAACAAUGCCAAUUUUAA